UGUGAAACUUUUGCACAUUUUCAGUUUUUGUCACAUGCAUAAUGUGUUUUCUCUCAAUGAUGUGCUACACUGUCAGACUGUGACCUGCAUGACACUCUAUCAGUUGUUAGCAGCCAUGUGUUGCGCUGAUAAUCACAAUGGCAGAUGUGUGUGAGUGCGCCUGUGCAUCUCAGCGGAGAUGCUUUCCUGGAAGAAGGCAUGCCCCACUAAAUGCAAUGUAAAGCAAACGCAAAGCGUUCACCCCCUCUUCAACAAGGUGGAUAGACUUUAGUAAUUCUAUUCUGCGUGGCUCACCAAUCCUCUAUCUGUGGACAGCAGGCCUACAGCUUUGACUAGGUCUGGGAUCCCAAAGCGAAAAUAGGACUAACCCUCCAAAGUUGUUUUUAUCAGUGUCAGAUGAGAAGUGAGUGACGAAAAAAAGAUGCAGCCCCCAGAUGACAGCUGUUUGACGCAGACACAUCGAGAGCGGGUUCACGUGUGAGCUGGAUCUUCAUUUCAACAACAGGGCAAGAAUGAGUGAAACGUCAAUAGAGCUUAUGCCUCAGCUCCCAGUUCUGUCAUCACAGCCGGACUCUGAGAAGGUGCUUCAGCCCCCAGCUCUGUUUCAGCUGCCACUCACCUCCCAGGAUCCCCAGCAGCUCCAGCAGCAAAGCCAGCUCCAGUCUGAGCUGCAACAACAAGAACUUUCUGAGACAAACGCUGAGCAGCAGGCAGAGUCCGUGUGUGUAAAACAGAAAAGACUGCUUCUUCUGCUUUUGGGACUCUCUUUCUCUAUUGCCGUUUUGGGGCUGAUAUUCUACAUACAUCACAUUUUCUAUGCUGAGAGAAGAACCCAUAUGCCCCCCGUGACGCCCUGCCUUUCUCAAGCUUGUCAGAGGGCAGCAGCUCGUCUGUCCACCGCGACCGAUCCCUUCACUCAGACAUGUGAUCAUUUUUUAUCUAAAUGUGGAUCAGAUCGAUUAUUGCUGACAAAUCUGGGGAGACAUAGAGGUCAGGGAAUACCUGGACAUCCACAAAACCUGAAGGAAAAGUCACAGAGGCCCAAAGGGGAGAAGAAAGUCAGAGGACUGAACGAAGAAAGACUGCAGAGCCGAAAAACUCUGUUGCUGGAAUAUCUGAAAGAGAUAUUAGAGACCAAGGAGAAUUCAUAUAGUUCAGCUGUUCAGAAAACCAUGGACUUCUACCGGUCCUGCUUGGACACAAGUUCUAUAGAAAGUGCAGGAGAGGAGCCGUUCCUCACCCUCAUCCAGAAGCUUGGAGGAUGGCCCGUAUCAGGAAUUUGGAAUAAGACUGAUUUUAACUCUACGCUGGCUUUGCUAAUGAGGGACUACGCCACUUUUCCUUUCUUCAACCUCAAUGUGGGUAAAGACCUGAACGAAUCCACCAGUGGGACGACCAAAAGAAGAUACAUCCAGAUUGAUCAGCCAGACCUGAUGAUCCCAAUCGAAUGGAACAGCAAGAUAGAAAAAUCCGGAGCUAAAGCUGAGACUCUACGUCCAUUCUUGACUUUGUGUCAGAAGUACCUGACCCUACUGGGAUCUCCUGAGACCACGAGCAGGAUUCAUGUUUACAUGUUCAUUUCUUUGUCAUCUGAGCUGGCUGUGGCAGCUUCGCCUCUACAGUAUCGCCUGCUGAAAGGACAACUCCAUCAGCGCAUGUCCAUCGAAGACCUACAGAGACAGGCUCCAGCCAUUGACUGGUUGGGCUGCCUGCAGGCCGUUUUCCACCCUCUGUCCCUGAGCAAGGACGAUCAUGUCGUCCUCCACAAUCUACCCUACAUCGUCCACAUGUCUCAGAUCAUUAACAAAUGGCAGAACAAGCAUGAACUUAGCAAUAGUGGUCCCCUUCACACCUACAUGCUUCUGAACCUGCUACACACCCUCAUGCCCGCCAUGGACUCAAGGUUUUCAGAGACAACAAAGGCUUUUUCUGAGGCUCUGGGAUACGACAACGAGGACAGUCCUCGUUGGAAACACUGCAUGCUGUCUACUGAAAGAGGAUUUGACUCUGUUUUAACACACCUUCUCCAAAUUGUGACAGCCCACCGAGAGGCGGAAAAAAUGAUUGAAGAUCUAUUUUUGGUGUUUAAAUCCAAACUGCAUCAUCUCAGUGUGACAGAGCAGAACUAUUAUCAGCUCAUCACAGAAAAAGUCAAUUCCCUGGUUCCAAGAGUGUGGACUCCCAACAGAACCUCUGGAGAAAACGAGCUUGACCUGCUUUUUUCUCAGGUGAACAUCAGUUCUAAAAACUUCUUCUCCAACUACAUCCAGCUACUGUCACUGUGGCAGAAGAGACGCAGUAAACUCCUGAUUUCUCCAUCUGAGCCUGUCGACGUCCUCUCUCUCACCCCUUUCCUUCUGGGUAAUGAAGUCCUUUUUCCAAUGGGAAUGUUCAUUCCUCCUCUUUUUCAUCCCACCUAUCCAAAAGCAUAUAAUUACGGGGCUGCUGGUUUCCUGCUCACCAAAGACAUCUUUCAUUUAUUAUUGCCUGAAAUUCCCUCUUCCAGCAACACUGUUAAGACCGUAGCAGAAUGUGUGGGGGAUCACUACCUCAGAACGACGGAGAAAGCCGGCAGAAGUGGUGCGUCGACCCUCUCAGCAGCACAGCAGCAGGAGCUGUGGGUGCAGUACUCUGCCCUGGAGGUGGCACUGAAUACUUAUCAUCGGAUCCGCCAUUCUGAGGACACCUCCCUCCUAGGGUUAUCUCACACUCACCUGUUUCUUACAUCUUUUUCUCAGGUGAGCUGUGACAGCGACCCUUAUCAGGAAUUCAUGCCCUUGGAUCCUUCCUUCCUGAUCGCAGUCAUCUGUGCCACAUCAAAUCUGUGUCCCCCGAUGCAAUGUUCUAUCAAAGAUGAUCAUAUUUCACCACAGCCGUGCUGAUCGAUUUCCUAAAUGUUGAGACGGUGUGUCUGCAAACUGCAUCAAUUGCACAAGUUGGUUAAUAUUCAUUUAAACGGAAAAUAAAUAUUUAAAAACCUCUUGUUUCUUUUUUUUUUAUUUCUCAGGGAUGGGUAAAAUUCUCAGUUGUCAUGGUGAUGUUGAAAUGAUUUACCUAGUUUGAAAGCGGGAAUAAAAAACCUUCAUGCAUUUAUAAA